GCUGUGGCUGUGCAUAGGCAGGGCUACGACCAAAUCACUCUAAAACGUCUGUCGCAACAGAAGGCAGGAACACCUCAGCAGCUUUGAAAUACAAUUUAGCGGCGAAUGAAUACCUCUCCCUAUUGUGAAUUCAACUUUGCUAUCUGCCGCCCUCACUACUCUUUUCAUUUGUCCCAAAGACUUCGUCAUAAUGGAUGAUAAUCCUGAUACGACACGCUCAGUCCGAGGGAAAUAAGAACCGCGAUAUCCACCAGUUUAUACCAGACCACAGAGUUAAGCUUACACAAGACGGACAACAACAGGCAGAGGAAGCUGGGGGUAGAUUAAGAUCCCUCCUGAGACCGGACGAUACACUUCAUUUCUACACUUCACCCUACCGCCGCACUCGCGAAACCACUGAAGGUAUUCUGAAGUCACUUACUUCGGACGAACCCAAGCCAAGCCCCUUCCCGCGCCACAAGAUCAGAGUGUAUGAAGAGCCAAGGUUAAGGGAGCAAGACUUUGGAAACUUCCAGCCAUGUUCAGCGGAAAUGGAGAGAAUGUGGCAGGAAAGGGCGGAUUACGGACACUUCUUCUACAGGAUACCAAACGGUGAGAGCGCUGCAGAUGCAUAUGACAGGAUAAGCGGCUUCAACGAGAGUCUAUGGAGGCAAUUUGGAGAGGACGAUUUUCCUAGUGUUUGUGUCCUAGUCACCCAUGGCAUGAUGACGAGGGUAUUUCUCAUGAAAUGGUACCACUGGAGCGUUGAGUACUUUGAAGAUUUACGAAAUGUCAAUCACUGCGAAUUUGUCGUCAUGAAGCAGAAUGCCAACAACGGCAAAUUCAUUCUAGAGAACGAGAUGCGAACUUGGUCUGAUCUGAAGAAACGCGCCGCAGCAGCCAGUAGUAGCACGUCGCCUUCAAAGGGACCACCACUUCCAUUCGGUGAAUCUGCAAGUGUGCCAAUCCGCCAGUGGGGAGGCUGUGUGAAUGGUUGCAACCACGCGCAAAUAAACUACCCACGGAAGAAUCAACCGCGUCGCCAGAAUACUGCCGAUUUGACUCAGGCUGUAGUUUCAGCCUCGAGAAGCCCCGAGAAAGACAAGGAAGCAAGCAUUGCAGAGGAGCCUAGCACCAAAUUGCCCAUUAAAGCAGCCUCCUUAGUACCUAUCAACAAGCCCUCUGUACAGCAUGACACCAUGAAUGAAAACUCUACCACAGAUGCCGAGACUCCUUCACAGACUGAAACAGAUGCAGAUGCCUCAGGCUCUUCAUCUGAUGUCGACGAACGUGCUUCUCCUUCCCCGACACAAAGCAGUCAAUCUCAAGGCCCACGCCAAGGCCAGUCGCAUGCCCUUCUGAAUCCAGCACGAUACUCUAGCGGCAUCAAAUCCGCAAGCUCAAAUGAAGGUUUCUUCUCCGAAGACUCCGACUACUUUCCCAAGCGGCAGAAUACUCAGCGCUCAAUUGCCACAGUCUUCCCGAACGAGAAGCAGAAUGGUCGACAGCGUCCCCCGAGUCGGAGUUCGAGCGCUAAACGACGAACAAGCGUGCGUGAGAAGAAAGAGAAAGCCAAGACCGAGGCUGGCUGGAAGGUUGAGAGCGGCAUGGGCAAGGGGGCAAGGGCGGAUGAGCUGGGCGAUGGAGAUGCAGAGACUGAGACGGCCGAUACAGGGCAAGAAACGACCGAUGCGCUUGAGGAGGCGAAGAUUCAGGAUAGGAAGAGCUUUUCUGAAGUCUAUUAGAUCGGCAUGGUUUCGGAAUCCAACGUUGAUGAGCCCUCAAAGGGUCCAAUU